UCAUCAGUUAUUUAUAUAGAACGACAUUACUACAUCUGCGGAAAGGAGUGUUCUAAACAAUUCACGAUGGCCGAGCUUGCGGUGGUUAAAGUGUCUCUCAAACUUGUGUGGGCUUUGGUUGCAAAUCGAGCAAUAAAAAGCUUGGAACAUGGUGACUUAGCAGAUGAGAAGCUACGUCAACUCCUUCUGAGUGAAUUCAGGAAAAUACAUGAGGAAUUGAAUGUUCUCCGAAGAAAAGAGCUUAUAGCAGCCGUAGCAUUCAUGGAAAAUGGAUAUGAAUUGCUGAAGAAUGACAGUAUAGAAGCAAAGAGAGAGUUUACUAAAGCUAGGGAUGCAGCUCAAGUUGCAUUUGGUGUUGUUAAAGAAGUACAAGAUAAAAUCCUUGCUGCCAAAAUAAUGGUGUCUUCAGCACUUCAUGAGUUUGAUGAUAAACCGGAAACUGCUGCCUCACUGUGCUUAAAAUACGUUUCUCGUUUGAAUAAUCUACCAGAGAUUUUAAACUCUUGUCAAGUGCUGUUAGGACAGAAGUUUGGCAGCAUACUUCGCACUUUCUCCAGCUCUUCAAACCGCCAACAGUGUAUUGGCUUGGUUUCUGAAGUUAAUCGUUGUGUUUGGCAGUUCAUUCAACUUCAAUUACCUGACUUAUUGCAGGAAAAGAAAUGGCCAAGUAUUGCAGUAGGAAGCCAUGAGAUAGAUCCCAUCACAGAUUUCCUUCUACUGCGCAGAGUCAGUUCUGACUGUAUCUAUCUGCCUUCAAAUGUCCAAAGCCCUGUCAUGAUGGUAACUGCCAACAACAAACUGUUUUUGGUGGAGGCACAAGUAGCAACCACUGCUGAUGAUGAUCCACUUCUUGUCAACUCUUUAAAGGCCCUGGACUUGGAGGAUGGUUCAAUAACCAAUCUUGUUGGUCACUCUGGCGUGAUACUAACUAUAGCAAAGUUCAAAGAUGAGACACGUGUUGUCACAGGAUCAAUGGAUAAACAGAUAAUAUUAUGGGAUACCAAUACAUUAAAGUGCUGUCAAAUUCUAUCAGAACACUGUGGAUCUAUCAGAUCUGUUGUGUUGAAUGACACACACAUAUUUUCAGGAUCCACAGAUAGUUUAGUUAAAGUGUGGAGCAAGGAUACGUAUGAAUCAGUCCAUACACUUGAAGGACAUGUAGGUCCAAUCAGUAGUCUUGCAGUUUCUAAUCGGCACCUGUUCUCAUGUGCAGUAGGUGAUGGCAUCAGAUACUGGGACCUUAAGAAAUGGGAGUGCUUGCAUAGUAUUAGUCUAACAGAAAAUGUCUUCAGUAUGUACAUUGUAACAAAUUCAUUGAUAAUUCAUUACCAUGGCACGUUACAGUUCAUCAAACUUGGUAAUUUAAAAGAACAUGGUAAAAUGUCUCAGGUUGGAAACUCAUCAGUAUUGACUGGCAAAGCUGUUUGUUGUAGUUCAGGAUCAGAACUGAAAUCCAUUAAUGUUUCUCUGUUAAAAUGUACCUGCUCAAGUAACUUGAGCCAGUCAUGUCAAAAGGAAUACACUGUUAAUUGUAUGUGCUAUGAUGACAUCUCUGCUAGACUUUUUGUAGCUUGUACAGACACUUCUAAAAGAGCAGGUGUAAUUGUUACAAUAUAAAGAUGUAUUUAGAGUGCAUACCAUAAUUCCUUUAAAAUGUUUGUAAGAAAUCAAGUUCAAGUUCAAGUUUACAAAAGAGUGUCUAUAUUUACAAAAUUUUAUCACAGAUUUGAAAAAAUUGGUAAGUUCAGUAGACCUUAGUAGACGGUAAACCUACAAAACUUAGCACUAAUUCGCACAAUUUUAUUAGUUAACUUUUUCACUGACGAUGAUGAUUUAUAUACACCCUUUCUAUAUGGAUAUAAUCAAAGUAAGGCACUUUGCAUUGGGAUUCUGUUAAAUGUGACCCAGUAAACAUGCAUAGAAGUUCUCCUUUCUUGAAAAUGCAAAAGGGCAUAGUUUAAGUCUUGAUUAACCAAUCAUAAGCUGCCUGACAAUUAGAUAAAUUCAAAAUUAUUAUUGGUUCUUUCAAUUUCACUGUACUAAGCUGCAUCCUUAUCAUUCAAAUAGUGCAAAGAUUGAAGCAAUGAGGAAAUAAGACAAAGCAUCUAACUAGAUAAACAACAGUGGGGAGAGUAACUACAAAUAGGGGGAGUUGCUAAUCUAUAUGCACUAAAUAAGGGGUAGCUGUGUAAGUUCUGUAAGCAUGUAGAAAAAUAAUGUGCUUCUAAAUUAUAAAAUAUUUACAUGAUAAAUGCAGGCAUCGCAUUAGAUAAAGUAUGCCCUGUUAUAAAGUAGUGAUUUAUUUACUGAUAUCAAGAAUUGAAAUUGUCAAAGGAGUAUUGAAACGAUUUGCAAUUUAGAACUAUGACAAUAAAGACAACUGUCACACAA